AUGCUGCAGUUCGAUGAUGUCCUCGAGUAUUUGAGAGAGUUUGGACUCUACCAGAAACGUGCAUACUUUCUACUUUGCCUUGUUUACACACUACCGGCCUCUCAUGCGUUUGCCCAAGUAUUCUUAGCUGCUGAAACUGACCAUUGGUGUUAUAUUCCGGAGCUGGAAAAAUAUGAAGAAGAUUGCAAUGUGAGCAACACAGUAAUGUUUUGCCAAGAUAUGAUGAAGAACCACAGUAUCCCAUCAAUGGAAAGCUCUAGUCAGUGUGGUAGUGGUUUGGUUUACGGUAAUUGUGAACGCUAUGAAAACCUGUCAUACUCCAAUGAUACUAUGAAAUGUAAUCAUGGAUGGAGAUACGACCGAUCGCAGUACAAAUCAACCGUAUUUCAGGAGUUUGAUUUGGUCUGCAAUCGUUAUUUCCUCGCUGCUUUAUCAUCCUCUAUGUUCCAACUAGGAUUAUUGGUCGGAGGGGUAAUUUUCGGUGCUUUAUCUGACAAAAUUGGUCGUAUGCCUUCAAUGAUGUUGGCAGUAUUGUGCAUGCUGGUUGCAGGUACUGCGUGUGCAUUUUCACCGAAUAUCAUCGUAUAUUCAAUCUGCAGACUAAUUAUUGGCUGUGGCGUGAUUGGCGUGUGGCUUAUUGCUUUCGUUUUAGCCACUGAAUAUGUUGGUCCAUCUAAACGAGUGAUUGCGGGAAUGGUUGUGUCGUCUUUCACAAGUAUUGGGUGUACGAUUUUAGCAGUGUUCGCGUAUUUCAUCAGAUAUUGGUGGAUACUACAGUUAUGCAUAUCAAUACCUACAGCUAUUUUCUUAUCAUUUUGGUGGUUAAUACCAGAGUCUCCAAGAUGGCUUCUUUCAGUUGGCAAAUACAACAGAGCUAAUAAGAUCAUCAAAGCAUGUGCUGAAGUGAACAAAGUCACAGUUCCGGACAGUAUGUAUGAAGAGAUGUCAAAUGAUGUGGAUGAUCCCAAACCUGAGGUAGAUAAUUAUAUCCCUGUGACUUUGAACUCUUCAAAUGCACAUGUGCUGUUCACCGUAGCCAUGGUGUACUAUGGUCUAUCACUCAACACUUCCAAUCUUGGAGGCAACGACUAUUUGAACGCUUUUCUAGCGGGCGCAGUUGAAGUGCCAGCUUAUAUUCUAGCUAUAUUUCUACCUGAAACAAGACUGGGACGUCGUUGGUCUCAGUCAUCAACCUUGAUACUCGGGGGAGUGGCAUGUGUACUUACUCUAUUCACACCAUCUUCCAUCUUACCAGCGUCCCAUGCGUUCGCCCAAGUGUUCUUGGCCGCCGAAACUGACCAUUGGUGCUAUGUUCCGGAGUUGGAUAAGUACGAACACGAAUGCAGUCUUAACAACACAGUAAUGUUCUGCCAAGAUUUAGUAAAGAACCACAGUAUACCAUCGGAGGACAGUUCCUAUCAGUGCGACAAUGGUUUGGUUUACAGUAAUUGUGAACGCUAUGAAAACAAGACAUACACCAAUGAUACUAUAGAAUGUAAUCAUGGAUGGAAAUACGACCGAUCACAGUACAAAUCAACCGUAUUUCAAGAGUUUGACCUGGUUUGUGAUCGUUAUUAUUUAGGCGCACUGUCGUCUUCUAUGUACAUGGUUGGAUUGAUGGUUGGUGCCUUGGUCUUUGGAGCUCUGUCUGAUAAAAUUGGUCGCUUACCGGCAUUGAUGUUAGCAGUUAUGUGCAUGGCCUUUGGAGGUACCGCAUGUGCAUUUUCCCCGAAUAUCGCCGUCUAUUCUUUCUUCAGACUCAUCGUUGGAUGUGGAGGCAUGGGCAUGUUCCUCGUCAGCUUUGUUUUAGGUACGGAACUCGUUGGUCCAUCAAAGAGAGUGUUCACUGGUAUUGUGAUUGAGUUUUUCUUCAGUUUUGGGUACAUGCUUCUAGCUGGAUUAGCGUAUUUGAUUAGAUACUGGUGGAAACUGCAAUUAACUUUAGCAGUGCCGGCAUCUAUAUUUCUAACAUUUUGGUGGAUUCUGCCAGAGUCUCCAAGAUGGCUGCUUUCGGUUGGUAAAAACAAAAGAGCUGGAAAGAUCAUUAGAGACUGUGCUAAAGUAAAUAAGGUCGACGUUCCGGACAGUGUGUAUAAAGAAAUAUCCCAAGACACUGUAGAAACUACCAAACCCAAGGAUGAGGAAGAAAAGGGAAAUGCGCUAGAUUUGUUCCGUAUGCCAAAUAUGCGCAAAAAAUCAUUGAACAUAUUCUACAACUGGUUUACUAUAAGUAUGGUCUAUUAUGGUCUAUCAUUGAACACAUCUAAUCUAGGAGGAAACGAUUACUUGAACGCAUUCUUGUCGGGGGCAGUGGAGAUACCAGCGUAUAUUCUAGCUCUAUUUCUUCCCGAGACUCGCUUUGGACGUCGAUGGUCUCUGUCAUCAACAUUGAUAUUAGGAGGGGUAGCCUGUGUACUUACGUUGUUCACACCAGCUUGUGAACUGCAAUGGAUUGGAAUCGCUCUUGCAAUGACUGGGAAAUUCGCUGUUUCAGCUGCAUUCGCCAUUGUCUAUGUAUUCUCAGCAGAAAUCUACCCGACCCCUGUCAGAACAAUUGGAAUGGGAUUUUCCUCAAUGUGUGCCAGGGUGGGCGGUAUUCUAGCACCACAGAUGAUAUUGAUUAAAACACUAUGGGAACCAUUACCAAUCAUCAUAUUUGGAGCAACGUCAAUUUUAGCUGGAUUGUUAACAUUACUGUUACCUGAAACACGUAAUCAGAAACUUCCAGAGACUCUUAUGGAGGGAGAACGUUUUGGAAAGAAAUCAAAGUCACCCGACGAUUCCAAUUCGCAGAAUGGGACGAACUUGCCAAAGUAUGAACACAAUGAGAUGAAAGGCAUAGAUAACAGAGGGGCAGACGUAAUUGAGAAAGGAACAAAGGAUACUAACCGACUGUAA